AUGGUUGCUGCCGACUCCGGUACGCCGACCGAUAGGUCUGGUUUGACCUGUUCGCCCCGUGACUCCCUUAAUGCCGCUCCCAGCAGUCAUGGCGACCGUACCAAGCGCCCGGAGACGCUCUUGCUCCAGUCGGCCCUUUCAGUAGACGAAUUCGCGCCUUCCGUACUGCACCCCGAGAACCUAUUCGCGUCGCCGCUCCCCGAGCUUCAAAUCCGUACCGAUUUGCCCAGCGUCCGUCCGACCAGCUCAGGAAAAGAAUCCGAUCCCCUCGCCAUAAACAGUUUGUCGUCGGGGAGCUUCCCGCAUCGUACCCCGAGCCUGCGCGCCCUCGCCGCUCCCAUUUCCAGUGCCGGAUCGUUAUCGCCCGCGUCAUUCAUGUCAUCCCCUCAACUCAACGCCAUGGGUGAUAUCACCCCGCUGCCGUCACCCAUCGGCGGCUCUGCCCCAUGGCGAAGGGGCGACUUACCAUCCCUCUCACGCACGUCCUCCUUGGCGUCACGGAGCGGGUCCAGCUUGCGACUCAGUGAUUCCUCCCAGAUGCUAGGCCCGUCCACUCGGCCUCCCAACAAACCAUACACCGGGCUAGAGCAAUCGGGGCGCGAGUCGCCGGUUCCAACCCGUGCUUGGAGAGAAUCGACCUCGACACAUACUCGCAAUCGCAGUUUAAGCGACUAUGCGCCCCCCGGUCGUCCGUCGGUUUCCCCGCGACCUAUUGCAGUUUCCGGGGCAGGUGGACCAGGUAUCACAUCAUCCUCGAGUACCGACUCGAAAUCCAAUGCCUUGCACCGCGAACAAUAUCUGGCCGUUCAUCGAGGAAUCGCCUUGCCCACCAUACGCCCGCCGAGCCCUCCUCGCAGCAGUGGAAGUGGAUAUGGAGACAACGACAUCGAACCAGUCAUCCGUCACCCGACGCCGCUCAGUGCCCCCGAAGAGAUUUACUCAGUGCGCUCCAUUCGUACGGAUCAAGCUCGAAUUUACCGAAAACUACGGGUUUUGGGCCAAGGCACAUUCAGUCAAGUCAGUCUGGCAGCUAGAGUGGAGCAGGGUCAUGAUAUCCAGUUUUCGCCUUCGACCGAUGGACCGGCCGAUGGGCCCAGCGAUAUUAAACCCUCUAUGUCACAGAAGCUGGUCGCGAUCAAGAUUAUUGAGCAUGGUCCAGCUGGUGGGGCGGACGAGGAACGGCUGGAGGUGUCGCUCAAGCGUGAAGUGGACAUUUUGAAAUCAGUCAACCACCCGUCCUUGGUCCAGUUGAAGGCGUACGGAAGUGAUGAGAAGCGUGCUCUACUGGUUCUCGACUAUUGCCCCGGCGGGGACCUAUUCGAGUACGCAACCUCUGGGCCUCGGCGCAUGUCGCCGGGCCUCAUCCGUCGUAUUUUCGCAGAGCUGGUGGAUGCAGUGCGAUACUUACAUUCCCACUACAUUGUGCACCGGGAUAUUAAGCUAGAAAACGUUUUGCUCACCAUGCCGGAACAUGCCAUGGAGGCUGUGGAUGAUUGGAGCCAUUACGAUCGUGCCGUUGUCACUCUCAGCGAUCUUGGUCUUUCACGGCGCAUUCCCGAACCCCCGGAAAGUCCGCUUUUACACACACGGUGUGGUAGCGAGGACUACGCGGCCCCGGAAAUCUUGAUGGGCCAGGCCUAUGAUGGUCGUGCAACGGACGCGUGGGCCCUCGGCGUGCUGCUCUAUGCCAUCAUGGAAAAUCGUCUGCCGUUUGAUGUUCUCCCAGGUACUCGCGGCGAUCCUGCCAAACUCCGCGCUCGGACGCCGCACCGUAUCGCUCGCUGUGAAUGGGCGUGGUACCGGUAUGCCGAUGAGGAAGAGGAGUGGGAUCCUGAGAAAGGCCGUGAAUUGGAAGGUGCCCGUGAGUGUGUCGAGGGUCUAUUGAAACGCAACACUCGGCGUAAAACACUCGAUGACAUUGCAGCCAUGGAGUGGGUACGCGAUGCAAUAGACGUCCCCGAUGGACUGAAAAGAGGUGACAAGGAAGUGCCAUAG